AAAUUCUUUUGAAAAUUGUCAAUUAAAUAAAAACCGUAGCGGUCGCCUGAUGCCAGAAGCAGUCACAGUUAUUGCGUAUUCGUUAGCGGAUCACGCACGCAGAUACAGCAUCGUCAUAGCCGCACAUGGAACUGUUAGGCACAAAAAAAAUCGAAGUUAACAAAAACGAUUAAAUAGUGAAAGUGUGAAUAAUUAAAUAACAAAAACAAACAAAAAUUGCCAAAAAACCAAAACAAACAAUGAAAAAUAUUGUUUUUAUUUUCGCAGCAGCGUUGCUGUGCUUCUGUGCCACCACUGCACGCGCCGAUCUACUCGAUUGCAAUGAGAAAAUCCUACCAUCUUUGUCAGAUGUGCCUGUCAUAGGACCAAAAGUGGCCAGCUCCGAGGACAGCGCUGAGCAUCAAGUACGCGAUUUCUUCAAAAACGUUGGCUGUCAAAUAAAGAAAGGCGCUGCAAAGGUUUCCGAACAGGCCAAAAAGUUGGGCACCGAACUGAAGGAGGGCGCAAAGAAAUUCGGUGAUAAGGCGAAGGAUCUGGGCUCUGAUCUAAAGGAUAAGUUUGGCGAUUUCAAGGAAAAAUUUUCGAGUGAUUCUGUAGAGGAGGAGCGCACAUCACAUGGCCUAUUGCGCAAUGUGGAAAUCAUAAAUCCAGAUCUGCUGAAAGCUGAGCAACAAUGCGGCCAUGGACACAUUUUGGAUGCAUUGGGCAAUUGCAGCAAAUUGAGGAAGUGAUUUUGUGUAACAGUUAAACGCGAAUUUAUUUAGUUCCUCAAGAGUGAUGUAUAUUUCCAAAGAAUAUGAAAUUACUGUGAAUUUAACCCAAUAACUAACAAUUAAAUUUAAAUUAUAUACAAAUAGUAGCUCUCAAUCUUAACUGAAAAGUUACAUUUGUGCGUAAAAAUCUAAAUUGAUAUGAACUGAAUACUAGCAUCAGUAUUUGAGCUCGUUUAGUGCCAAAAAAUAUUAAUUGUAUCUAAAAAGAAAUUAUUUGAAAUGCAUAUGUAAGCUUUUAUUUUAUGUAUAUACAUAUGUUCAACGACUUUGUUACUUUUAGGUUUAAGAUGAAUUUUAUAUUGCUUCUAAACAUAAUUGAUUUAUCAGUUUAAAUAGUUACAUAUGUACACAUACAAAAAUUUAAAUUAAAGAAAAAAUAAAAAUAUA